ACUUUUCUGAUUUUUAGUCGUGAACGCACCGAGCCUGCCGAAGCACGCCGAAUCCCCUCCCCUCCCCCCGCCUCCGUCUCUACCUCUCUCACUCCCCGGGCACCGCGCCGAGCCCGCGUGUUACACGACCGGGGGCGUGAUCGGGGAGCUCUCGUCCUGGCCAGUCGCGAACCGCCCGCGCCCGGACCUCCCCGCACCAAGACCAUGGCGUCGACCAACAACAACAACUACUACAUCGAGUCGGACAGGGACAGCGGCGCGGGGGGGCCGGGCAUCCCCGCCUGGUUCGCCGGCAGGCACGUGCUCGUCACCGGGGCGACCGGCUUCAUGGGCAAGGUGCUCGUCGAGAAGCUGCUGCGGAGCUGCGGCGACCUGGAGCGCCUCUACAUCGUGGUGCGCCAGAAGAAGGGACGGGCCGUCCAGGAGCGCGUCGACGACAUGCGCAAGCUCCCGCUGUUUGAGCCGCUCCUCAAGAGGAACCCGAAGGCCCUGGAGAAGCUGCACGCGCUGGAAGGUGACACGACGCAGGUGGCCAUGGGGCUGAGAGAGGAGGACCAGCGCCUCGUGCAGGAGAACGUGUCCGUCGUCUUCCACCUGGCCGCCGGGCUCGACUGGCGCGCCUCGCUGCACAGGGCCACGACCGAGAACGUCGUCGGCACCAAGAACGUGCUCGACUUCUGCAAGGGCAUGAAGAAGCUAGAGGUGCUCGAGUACACGUCCACCGCAUUCUGCCAGUGCGGCGAGGAGGUGGUGGAGGAGCGCGUCUACGAGCCGCCCUUCGACCCGCACCGCCUCAUGGCGCUCUGCGACAUGUUCGACGAGCGCACCAUGGAGUCCAUCGCGCCCAUGAUGUACGGCAAGCACCCCAACUGCUACACGUACACCAAGGCCGUGGCGGAGGCCCUGGCCGCCGAGUACGCCGAUGACAUCCCCAUGCUCAUCGUGCGACCGUCGAUCGUCGUGCCGACGCUCCGCGACCCCAUCCCCGGCUGGGUGGACACGCUCAACGGGCCCAUGGGCGUGAUGGCGGCGGCGGGCAAGGGCGUGCUGCGCUCCAUGAUGUGUCGGGCGGAGAACCUCGCCGAGGUGUUCCCGGCCGACAUCUGCAUCAACGCCAUCAUCGCCGCCACCUACAAGCGGGCCCUGCAGCCCCGCGACCAGAGGGAGGUGAUCGUGUACAACGCGUGCGCCGGCGACCUGGAGGAGACGACGUGGGGCGAGGUGCUGGCGCUGGGCCGCAAGAUGGUCGGCGUGUACCCGCUCGAGUGGACCGUCUGGUUCCCGGACGGCUCGAUCCGCACCAACUACUGGGAGCACAUGCUCAUCGUCUUCCUCUUCCAGACCAUCCCGGCCUACGUCAUCGACUUCCUCCUCAUGCUCAUCGGCCAGGAACGCUUCAUGGUCCGGGUGCAGGCCAAGAUCAAGUCGGGCCACGACCUGCUCAUGUUCUUCACGAUGCGCCAGUGGAAGUUCAACAACCGCAACGGCCGGGACACGCUCUGGCCCACGCUCAACGCAAAGGAUCGCGAGACUUUCUUCAUGAACAACGUGCUGCCCGUGGACAAGGAGAAGUACCUCGAGAGGGCCAUCUUCGGGACGAGGACGUACUGCCUGAAGGAGUCACCCGGCACCAUCAAGUACUGCCGCAGAAGGCUCAGAGUGCAGCAAGUGGUGCACAACUUGUGCGUGGCCCUGUUCUACAUGGGCCUGGUAUACGCGGCGCUCCAGAUGGCCAGCCCCUACCUGCUGCAGCUCCUGCCCGCCACAUUGCGGGAGCGCACCGUGCUCAUGGCCGCCACCUACUCCUCCUAAAGGGGUGCGGGACGGUCACCACGUGGAAGUCACCACCGACGUCACCCGGAGGUCAUCAGAGGACGUCACGGCCGGCCAAUUGCCAAUACCUCGCCGCUGUACACGACUGCGAUACACUAAUCGUCGAUACACGGCGAUUCGAUAGGUCGGAAUUCAGCUCGGCUCCAUCCCCCGAUCUCUUCCUUAGGCUCUACAUUUUUCCUCGCUCGAAAAUAAGCACACGUGUGCUGAUCAUCGACCUUCCUACGAGAUAUCGAUCCCACGCCGGAUCACUUCUGCCGGGUCGCGCUGCACCAGUGCGCCCGCCCUCGACGAAGUCCUCGACGAAGUCCUCGACGAAGUCCUCGACGAAGUCCUCGACGGGAUCCUCAACGGGGUCAGCCGCUUACUCACGCCCCCGCACUGCCAUGCGGCUGGCCCUGGCCGGGGUUAAGGGCGCGUCGUACACAGGCAAAAAAAAAACAACUUUGCUUUUUACUUUUUGUGUUACCAAUCAGAAACGUGAGCACUUGCAUGGUGUUACUUGUACUCGUGCCUAUAUCGGGCUGUUAGGCUUAUCCUAGUCCUGUUUCGGUUGUGAUCGCAAUGACACUAUCUAUCUAAAUACGAAUUUUAAAAAUAAUCAUUUAGCUCGUCGGAAGAGGCACUCUUUGCCGGUCGGGCACGACAGAGACUAAGACUUACCUCCACAGGCGUCGAGGCCCGUUAUUGGGGCGUUUGGACAGACGUAACGAUUCUAGUGUUAUAUAUUUUUACAACUUUGUGUAAUGAUUGUGAUUAUUAUUUAGUCUGUUAUUUACGUUUAGUUGUUAGGUUUUUAUACCAUUUGAUGUAUGUAAAAUAAGAAAAAACAACUUUUUAA